CCAAAGUUCAGCAGACAUAUUCAUCAGGAUAAAUAAUAUUUGUUGCACGAGAAAUGAUACCACAAUGGAUAACAAAGGGGGUUCAAUUUGCCGUGCGCGUUACUGUUAUGUUCGGGUAUAUCUGUUUAGCCAGGAACCAGUUCGGAACCACAUCAGUUGUAGGGCCUGCGUUUGUGAACAGGGAGGUUACACUGAAAGUAACACCGUUCUAUCGUUGGGGGUGUGACGUAGAAUGGAAAUACAGAAUGAAGGGCGUUACACAAUUUCAAACAUUGAAUGGACCAGGUGUUGAAAUAUAUUCGGAAGAUGGGUCCUUCUUUUUGAAAUUGGAAACUUUCAUUGAAUACAAUGGAUCUUACUUUUACGCCGGAUGUUCAACAAAUGCAACAAUAAGAUCAAGCUUAAUAUCUUUAAAUGUGAAAGAAAUUGUUGGACUAUGUGGAGCCCUCGUGAUUCUAAGCCCGGUGGUACGCGGCGCGGACGUAAAGCUUGGAUAUUUUCCGUCUGACUAUUCUCUACGGCAUCAACUAAGCACUAGACGAACAUGGAAGAGAAAUGUCGAUGAAAUAUGGUUUCGAGAAGAUUCUUACGAAGAGAAAAUAAUUUCUGAAUAUUUGUACAUAUUGACUAUAUUCAACUUUAAAAAAAGGCAUGAAGGGAUGUAUAUGUUAUAUUGUAAGUCUGGUGCCACCACGGAUUUUGUGCAUCUUCUUAUUCCAGAGCCACCAAGUUACCCAAUCAUCGGUCCAAAGUCCGCUGACUAUAAUACAACAGGAUGUAUUUAUGUGUAUGGAGAUUCCGACUUAUAUUGUCAGACUGAAAAUGGAACAGAACCUGUACAGGUGGCACUUUUACUAGGACGGGAUUCCUUUUCUCUUGCUGAAAGCGAACAGAAUAAAGGGGUUUACAUAUUCAGCAACGUUCAUCAACAAAUGGCUGGACUGGCGAGACGGAAUGUGACAUGUCAGGUUUCAAAUGCGGCUAUUGAAACACCUUACGAAGUACAUGGCAUUUUAUGUAACGUAGAGAAAGGUAGCCCAGCCGUUCUAACAGUUCCUGAAUUUCUUGAUGGUGAAAGCUCGACAACAAUCUGUGAAGUGCGCAAUGCUUUACCGGCUCCGGUAAUAGAAAUACGUGUUAGCAAUGUUUUGCUAUCUGAUGUUCAACAAACUGAUUUAUUUAAUGGAUCUUCUCAUACUUAUACAAGCACAGCAAAGGUGACAACGACUAACAAACUGUGGAAUGGAGAGGAAAUGUGUUGCACCAGGAAAACUAUUCACGACUUUGGAAUAGCAGAUCAUUCCAUAUGCAAAAACAUAAGUAUCAAAUGUGGUCCAACUUUGUAUUUGAACGCGACAUCACCUGUUGAUUUACAUCCGAAUAUUACAGUGAUCGUCAAAUGUUUUGUUGAUGACUGCAAUGCUAUAGGGAAAUGGAAGCUUCGAUGGGAAGGCGAAAAUAACACUGAAAUAAAGACUUGUAGACAAACAGAGGAAUGCCUAUUAACACUGAAUUAUACGGGUGAUGGCGAGAAGACAUACGUUUGCAGGGCAUGGAAUUCAGAGGAGUUUCUGAGAAAUUUAUUGACAGUUAUAGACACAAUGCCAGAGGAAGCAACCACCAACCCUGCACUAGUUGUUUCCCAACGGUGGCAUACGUCGGCCCUUUUCGCCGUAUCGGGAACAGUUAUAGGUGUACUUGCAACAACGUUUACCGUGCUUCUAUGUAGGCGAUGCAAACCUCAUGUUUAUGAAAUGCUUAUACGCCUAAGGAGGCCUACAGCAAGAGAGCGAAGUACACAUGUGUACGAUGUUGUUCAGUCUAAUAUUGAGACAAAUGCGCUUUACAAUCUGACUAGAGUGUCUGCAAGUGCAACAGGAAACAAACAUGAACCGUCACUUUUGGAUAUGGAAGGAAACAUAGGAAACCCUUACGACUAUGUGGAUACCCCAUUAGCUCAAAGUGACCGUCGGACAAACGCACCGGAUGCAAAUUAUAUACAUGCUAUAUAACCGAAUUAGUUACUGAUCAAAAUAUGUACGGUGCAGAUGGAUUUGUGUCAUUUGAUAAUCAUAUAAUCAUUGUAAUUUCGCUAACCGGUUCAAGGCAGUAACUUUAACGUUUAUUAUUUGUAAAUGUUUUGGAAUUGUUAUUAAGUGUGAUUGUAUUACGUCAUUCUUGCUUCUAAUAUAUUGACCUAUUUUAUAUUAGAUAACAAUUAAGAAGUGCAUUGAAAUCAAAUAUAAAUUAUUCGCUAUUUCCGAAUCGCAGCGUAUCAUUUAUUCUUUAUUUAUCAUCCCAAGUUUAUGAAACGUUAAGCUGUCAAUUUUAUUUAUGGUGAUGACAGAAAACACAUUUUAGCUUUCUACUCUCUUUGGCAAAAUUCAUCAAUGCUUAUGGAUUUAUGUGCCUUAUGGAGUGCACUGGUAUCCAGUCUGGUUGAAUCGUAGCACUAUUACUCUGUCUGUAUUUAUAUUCAUUCAAUUCCAUUGUUCGUAGCUGGUCGCUGAACACUAAAAGUUUGUAAUAAGUUUAUAUGUUAUUUUAUAGGCAUAUAUAUAGAUAGGUUAAACCAUUUAAUGUUUGGACAAUGUUUUAUUUUGGGAUCCUGUAACACUGGGUACCUUCAUUGUAAAUGUGACUCAGGUUUUUGUUAUCACUCGCUGAUCAUUUAUUUAUCAACGAUACAAUGGUAUUUGUAAUACAUUGGAAUUAAGAUAUAUUUCCUUGUUGUAUUUUGUACACAUGAAUGACUGUUUUAUAGGACUUAAUUCGUUUACCUUAAACCAUAUA